UGGAGAGAGGGUUUCCUGGAGAGAGGCAGAUUCUGACUCCGUCCGCAAUAAACAGCCAUGAAGGCAGCUGGCCUCUUCCUGCUCCUCGGUGUGGGGCUUUGCUGCUGCUCAGCCAAUGCUGAACCGGAUGGUGCUUCUGACGAAGGGAAAGAGCCUGACUGUGGCAGCUUUAUAUUGCCGGGCUGCCCAAAAAUCUUGGAUCCUGUAUGUGGCACCGACAAUUUGACGUAUCCCAAUGAGUGUGAGUUGUGUGCUAAGAACCUGAGAAGGGGAACUAACAUUCGCAUAAAGAGGAGAGGGAUGUGCUGAGUGCCUCGUGCGCUUUCGGCGUCUGCUCCGAUCCGGGCAGAGAAGCACAGAAGUGGGCGUGUGACAAUUCCUGAUGAAGACGCACACAGCUGCCACUCCACCGUCCUGCUUCGCCGUUCAAUAAACCUGACCGCAUCGCA